CACUCGCGCGAGAACCAGCGACCGAUGGCGACCGACGAGAUGUGCCUGCGAAGUUACGUGCGGCCGUCGUGCCGUGUUUAGAACCGCGUCGUCCGCGUGUGUUCGCGCCGUUUUCGCGCUUUCCGUCCUCCCCGAGUCACGCGCGUUUGCGUUGACGGUCGCCUCGUGUGUCAUUUUAGCCAGCGACGGCGUCUCGCGUCGGUGAAUGCGUGCCGCGAUUCCAUCGUAUGUAUGUGCGCGUGUGUGAGUUGUGUGUUGUGUUCGUGACGACGAUGUGAUAGUGCGCUCUGUCGAAGAAGUGCCGACCAGUUCACGGUGGAUCAUCCGUCUGUACCGAGCGAGAGAGAGAGAGAGAGAGAGAGAGAUACACGUAUAUAGCUUACGACGAGCCGCCACCGAGAGCAACGAGAGUUGACACUUUCAUGAGAGCAUGGACCUGCGACUGCAUCGUCGAUCGUUUACGAGUCUACGCCGAGAAACAACAUCGUCGUCCCAUCGUUGUUGUCAGUAAACACCGACGGAUAUACAGAGUUGGGACUAACCAUGUCCUCUAAGAGGCAUCGUGGGCGAAUAUUAAGUAUAGAUAACAAAAUUGUACAUGAGGGCCAUAAUAGAUAGGAUGAGCGCAUCUCGACACAACGAAGCGCGUUGCUUCAAUGAGAACUCUCCCCGGCCACCAGUGCCAGGAGAGGAAACGGGAAACUAUGUCAGCCGGAUCCGUCCACAGAGUCCCGCUUUGACACCUAGACGUUCUUCUUUCGCGACACCGCACGCCUCCAGCGGUGAUUGCGAUGCUUCCGCGCCGUUGGGAUUCGAGCCGGAGGGUUGUUGCGGAACCACUACCAUGGAGAGCAAUUUGCGUCCAGCUCACGAAAGAUGGGCGGACAAUCUGCACUCCCUGUUAGAGGAUUCGGUGGGUUUGGAGUUAUUCAAGAAAUACCUGAAUGAAGAGGGGCACUUGGAUCCGCUCAUAUUUUGGUUUGCCUGUGAGGGUCUCAAACAACAGGUGGAUGUUGGAAAGAUCUCGCAGCUAGUGAAGCUCAUUCAUCAAAGAUUUUUUCGCAAAUCUCGGCUAACCAUACCAGAGAAUAUGAUGAAGGAAGCGGAUCGACGAGUUAAGGAAGGUCGUGCCGAUCAAAAAGUGUUCGAUAUCGUGCAACUUGAAGUCGAGCGGAUAAUCAACGAGACGACAUAUCCCAACUUUUUCAAAUCCGACGUGUAUCUCCACUACGUUCAAUCCUGCCAGAAUACUAAUUCGGGCGGUUGCCCGAGCUCGAGUUCGGGUAGUCGUGAGAUGUCCAUUUCUUGCGGACCGAGUUUUCUACCUACCGUGCAUGAAGACAGCGAAUAUGUCGACAUCAUACACAAUUCACACUCGAUCGGUGGGACGUCCGGAGAAUUAAGAUUGACCAAAGAUGUUCUGAUGGCUACCCAACAAAGUAGAGCACUGGAUCUACGACCGAGGCCAGAAGCGUACGCCGGCAUUUACUUGCAACAUGGGACUAGUCCAUAUCACAUGCACGUAUCCAGAUUGCACGCACAAUAUUCCUCCUACAAUCCAGUAUCCAGACAGGAUUCUGAGCUUCAGAGUUUAAGCAGUGAUGCACGUACUGAAGUGGACAAUAUGUCCCUCAACGAUGGAUCCAUUGACGGAACGAGCGGUCAGAGGAGUAAAAAGCAAUACGUGAAGCAAUCUAGUAGGGCAAUCAAAGAAGCUGCGAAUAUAAAUCGCGAAUCUAUGGUGCAUCAUGUCGUCCCGCGAACUCAGCGUAUGGCGUCCCCGAAACAGAUGCCGGCGGAGCAGUUUGCGGAGAUGCUUACACAGAAACUAGAGAUUCUGGCGCGAGAGCAAAAAAACCAAGAGAAACUGGACAAAUGCUUGCAGCAAGGAAACGAUCUGUCCAUCGGUAGCGACAUGUCGUUGGAAUGGAUGAACGGGGCAACCUGCAAGACUCUAGGUGAUGCGCCGAAGGAGAAAUUGUCCUUGGAGGAAGAUAGCGAUCAAGCGAUCCUCGACGAACAUGUGUCUCGCGUCUGGUCGGACCAGACACCGUCGAGAACCCCCAGACUCUCACCUGAGAGGAGGCGUCCUACGCACAAUUAUCCACGAUCUUACAAACAGAGGAAAGAAAAAGAUGUGGACUCUACAUUCUCAGUGGAUAGCGGUAAUAUCCACGAUUUCCAGGAUGGCAGCGAGCUUGUCGGGGCUAGUUCCAUGAGUUCGCUAGGCUCGCAUCUGCCCAAAUCUAAAUCUGUGCCGUCCGAUUACGUCGAUUCCCUCUACCUCCAAGGUCAUGAACAAAGAUUCCGAAGGUCGGACAUGACAAGACGAUCAGCCACAAAGAAAUCGAUGGCAGAAUUAACGGAUAGCGGGGUGAGCGUUGUUAGUGACGUGCCACCUUCCAUAAAUAAGGAUAUUCGUUUGAUACCCCGGUUUAAGGAAGCAGACAAAAAGGCUGAUCUGAAACAUAGUUGUCGUCACGGUAAAAGAUAUGGCUCGCGUAGCGGAUCUUUGGAAAGACCAAACAGAGAAACAUGGAGCAUGGGUGUACCUGCUCAACCGUUUGUUGCUGACCCGGGAAUGCCACCUUUAACACCACCUCACACGGAUAUUCAAUUAGAGGAGACAUGUAGGAGAUUAAAAGAGGAAAAUAGAGUGCGCGCCAGUUGCAAGCAACGACCUACGAACGUUUCGAAACAGAUGUACGAGUCUGCGUCGCAGAGUCAACCGUACGUUCAGUCCAAUCAGUCCACGUUGAGGAAACCGAAGCAGGAUACGGGCGAUUUUACCAUUGUUGUGUUCAGUUUCUGUGACGAACAGUUUCCAUACAGGACAAAGAUCCCCGGUCACAACGUCACUUUAAAACAAUUUAAGGAGUACCUUCCGAAGAAAGGGAGCUACCGAUACUUCUUUAAAACGGAGUGCGAGGACUUGGAUAUGAAAGUUAUACAGGAAGAGAUAACGGACGAUACCGAGAUUUUGCCAUUGUGGGAGGGCAAAGUGAUGGCGCAAGUUAAAGCGCUCGAGUAAAUAGACUGAAUAGAAAAAGCCGAGCGAGAGUAAAACAUGUACGAUUUUUAACCAAGUGCCGCAAUAAAUAUUUAAGAGAUCCCACAACACACAUACACAACACUCGACCGACAAGUCGAUGCGCUCGGUAUUUAUACAUAUAUACACAUUAAGCUUAUCAUGCGGCCUCCAUCUUUCAUAUUUGCCUAAGAAAGUAGUUUUAAUCGAUAGAAAAAGAAUUUAUCGAAUCGAGCAAUAUCAUUGCACAGAUGAACCCUGCGAAAAAGAAAGAAGAAUCGGCCUUGUGUUAAACUACGUCAAUUGAAUGUCCGCGGAAGAAUGUUGUGUUCUUACUUCUGAUUUUUCGUCAAAGUCGUUUACAAGUAUCUGAGACAGAGAAGAGUUUUUUUUUAUUGGCCUCUUCAAAAUUAUUUUAUCAAUUUUACACAGCUCGUGCGCGACAGCGCUUUAUUGUACAUAAAUUAGUACGUAGUGUGAUUUUCACGAUAGGGCGAUAACAUUACGUCGGUACGGACUUUGCCAAGCGAAAUUAUUUGUUGUAAUUCAGUCUGGUUUGGUAUCAACGUCACUUUUACGGGUCAGUUUGGGCAAGAACGGCAACAACAGUGCGUCGAAUCAUACCGAAUACAUUGCGACCGGCUAAACAAUUUCUUCCUCUCGAAGACUUCCCAUAGUUCUCCAAACGACUGUACAAAGGUAGUGAUCGCGUAAUUGAUCGCCUUAGUAAGGUCCGCGUAGGCACUAAACUUACAUAGAAAAGAAUAAUUACAAAUUGGCAUCUAAAGUAUUAUGUGUAUUUUACACGAAUAAGACAUCGCGCGUCUUGUUUAAUACACGUAAUAUAUUUUACGCGAUGUGACGUGCAACGUGCAGAAUAUAAAAUUGAAAAAAAAAAUUUACGAGAAUCAUUUUUUUUUCUUUUUUUCUUUUUCCUCUAUCUUUUGUUGUGCCACUAUUAUUGUUGAUCAUGGUCGUACAUAGCCGAUAUUGCAAAACAAGUUUACCAAUUAUAGAACCUAAACACAUAUGGCGAUUUACAGUACUGUGUCCAAAAUUUUGGCAUUGGAACGGCGAACACCGAUGGAAACAAAAAAAAAAAGAAAGAAAAAUUAUUAGCGUUUAGAUUGUAAUAAUGUAUUAUCAGGUGCGAAAAUAAAUGUGCCUUUUUAGUAUAAGAUCGAAAUAAGCCUAAGAAACAGAUAGAGAGAAAAGGUUGAAAGAUAUUUAUAAAUUGCAGUACAGGGGCCCAAUCCUGAUGGGAGAAACAUUUUGUGUCCAAUAUUAUUAAUAUAUUCCCUCAAAAUUGUAUCUACACUGAUGUAUCGACGAUUUGUCCGCCUCGUAUAUCGCGGAUUCGUCCAUAGCAGUUUAUUUAAACCUUUCAGUCUUAUCGAAGAUUGCUAAAUAUCCGGUUUUAGUCUCCGGGCGAAGAAGAAUCUCCAGUCCGCAGAUUUUUCUUUGAUGCAAGCGUACGUUACAAUUUCAUAUUCUCCACCGCAAUAUUUAUCUUAUACUAAUCGCGCGUGUGUUUUAUUAUGCAACUUUUUUUUAGGAGAUAAUUUUUUGGGGCAACAUUGGUCUUAUCCUUAUCCUAAAUUGCUUAAAUUUUAACUCUUGUUACAUAUUCGAAAUUAAAAUCUUAUCAUCUUUGCCUAUAUAUAAAUAUAGAUUGCUAACAAGAUGUUUAUCUUAAUAUAUGCAUAAUCAAGCGAUAAGCGUUCUCAAAUGUAACGGGUUUUUGAUAAAUCACAUUCCACGUGAAAAUCGAAUUGCUAUCAAAUGUUUUAUCAAAUUCUUAUAUAUAUAUUAAUUAGUAAACAAAUGAAAGAUAUUAAUUAAUAUUAUAUUACAAUUAUUAUAGUUUUAUUUAGGUAUAUUAUUAUUUAAUUAUUUAAUAUAAAUCGUGUUAUCGAUAUCGUUUUGAUAUUUUUACAACAUGCAUAGAGCAACUGACAUGCAGUCCAUUCUUAUAUAAUCAAAGCUUAUAUGUAUCGCAUUCUAAUAGAGAUCGCAGAUUGUAAAAAAACAUCCAAUCUAUUAUUUAUCCUACGAUUUGUAAAACGAUGAUUAUCCAGUUGAUCUGCCUCUCUAAUUCGCAUCAAAGAAACUAUAAAAACAAGAGAGAUCUUUUACUGAAAUAUAAAGAUAAAAUUAAAAUUUGAGACUGAAAGGAUUAAAUUGUAACAUAUUUAAUUGAAAGUACAAUGUAAAAAAAUGCUCGCCGUUUUUUUUUUAUCAGGAGGCCCUUAAAUCGAUAGUUCGAUUUUGUCCUAAUUUACCGGAGCUAGCUUCCUACGUGUGAUCCCUAUGGGAAAGCCGGGAAAAAAACCGUAGAAACGACGUAUGUAUCAUUUAUUUAUAAAUUUGAUCGAUAACGUUUUUUUAAUUAUACGUAAUUGAUUAUCAUCAAUUAAUAUCACACGGACGUUAAAGUGUUCCUGUACCUAAUUAAUUAAUAAUUAUUAUUGUAUAUCAAAAAUAUUGAGAGAAUAAUAAUGCGAUUUUCACUGAAUUAAAUGAACACACGCUA